CAAUUGUGAGUCGUGACAUCUGACAGAUGAGAGGGUAAAGGUAGAAUUUUGUCAUUUUGUGUUUGAAAACUGAAUAAUGUAUUUAAAGUUUUACAUGUAUCAAUGAAAUACUUGUUGUGGUGCUAGUAGAAUUUUAUUGUAAUUGUUCUGUAAAUGAAAGCUAGAAACAUUAAGUUACUAAAACAGAAAGCACAACGUAUAUACAUUGGUAUACUAUUAAGUCAACUGACUAAAUUUAUAAUGAUUAUGACGAAUAAAAAUUAUAAAAAGAUGAAAAAUGUUGAUAAAGAAUUCAUAAUGGAUUUAUUUCUAGACAGCGAAAAUGUUUGCACAGUGAACAGGCUAGUGGUGUCAAUAGCAAAUGUUAUAAAUGAAAAUCAUGAUAAUUUAAAUACUCUGGGAGAUUUAAUGAAAAGAGAAUAUAAUCAAGUUUCACAGUCUGUUUCUGAUGAGUGUUUGUUGGGUGUUUCUAUUCGGCGAGUUAAAUGUUUUUAUGAAUUGGUCAUACAAAAUUUUACUGAUAUUGAAUAUGUCAAUAAGUUUAAAAUGAAGCGAAGUACAGUUGAGGCACUGAUAACAUUUAUGAAAAGCUAUAUCAAACCGGGAAAUAUUCCACUUGAUAAAAAAGUGCAUGUGUUCCUUUGGUUCUUACUAAAUGAUUCCUCAUACAAUGAUAUUGGGAAAAUGUUUGGCUUGCAUAAAUCAUCAGUCAGUUAUAUUUUUAAUGAGAUUGCUUCUCUGCUAACUGAGAACAGAUAUCAUUUUAUUAGCUGGCCGUCAUCGGAGGAGCAACACAUAACUAGGAUUAAAGUAACCAGUAGAUUUAAAUUCCCCAAUUGCGUAGGAUUUAUAGAUGCUUGUAGAUUUAAAGUUGGACCACAAAGAAAUAGAAAAGAAAAACCAGAAAUGGUGUUAUUACAAGCUGUAUGUGAUGAAUCUCUGAUGUUUAUGGACAUUUAUAUAGGAGAAAAAGGAAAACUAAGGAAAAACAGGGUCUUCAAAGAGAGUCCGCUAUCACAUGAAUUAAAAAACUUUGUUGACUUUGAUAAUCACAUAUUAGGAGAUUCUGAUUAUCGUCUCAAAAUGAAUGUAAUAACUCCUUUUACUAGUGAAGAAUUACUGACAAGUGAAGAAAUGAAGUUUAAUGAAGUUCAUUGGAAAGCCGCAGUUAUAUUGGCGGGCGUUUGAGUUGUUGAAAGAGAUUCAGG